AUGAAACCAUUCAUUACGGGUCAUGAGGAGUUGAUUCACGAUAUCAAAUACGACUUUUACGGUAAGACAGUAGCUACUGCAUCUUCCGACCAACAUAUUAAAGUUUUCGAUUUAGACCCUGCAACGUCGUCUUGGAUUUUGAAUGAUCUGUGGAAAGCCCAUGACUCGCUGGUGGUGAAGCUCUCGUGGGCACAUCCCGAAUUCUCUAGCUCGAGGAUAUUGGCAUCCUGCAGCUUUGAUAGAACUGUUAAAAUAUGGCAAGAACAGACCGAGGAAAUGCCUGGAAGUGGACGACGAUGGGCGAGGUUGGCUACUUUGAAUGACUCAAGAGGACCUAUAUAUGAUGUAACAUUUGCGCCGAAUCAUUUAGGGUUGAAGUUUGGCUGUGUGGGAAGCGAUGGUGUUUUUAGAAUAUAUGAAUCAUUGGAGCCAAAUGACUUGACCGUUUGGAGCCUCACAGUCGAGAUCCCCAUUUUGAACCACCAAUUACCUGCAAAAAGUUUACAGAGCAGUUUCAGAGUUGAAUGGUGUCCUUCAAAGUUUACAACUACUGAAAAGUUUGUGGUUGUUGCACUAGAUCAAGGUUUUAUCUACAGAAACGUUACAAAACUGGAAGAGAAUGAUAAGGAUACUGGUUGUGAUAAAAAAUACGUUAAAGUAUGUGCUCUUCCAGAGCAUAAUGGUCUCAUCAGAUCAGUUAGCUGGGCACCUUCGAUGGGCAGAAGUUACCAUCUCAUUGCCACAGGGUGUAAAGACGGAUUUGUGCGGAUUUUUAAAGCUACUGAAACAGCGCAUGCCGAGGGUACGGGGAACGGUGGAGAGAUUAAGCUAGAGACUCUUGCGAAAUUAGGCGACCACAAAAAGGAGGUUUGGAGAGUAAAUUGGAAUAUGACAGGUACUAUACUUUCUUCUGCAGGUGAUGAUGGAAAAUUGAGGCUAUGGAAGUGUAACUACUUAAGUGAUUGGAAAUGUAUGAGCGUGAUCAACACCAGUAACCAAUCCGAUAGCCGAGGUAUGGAAGGAGAUGCAGACAAGCCCCUAAAUUAA